AUGACGACUUCAGCUGUUUUACCACCAUCUAAUGGAAAGAAAUUAUGGAGAGUUAAAAGAGUCAAUUCAAAUAGCUCAACACCACACAUUAAUAAUUCUUCAGAAUGUUUAAACAAUUCUUUAAGAAUAGCUGCUGCUGCUGCAAAAUUUACAAUUAAAAGACCUCCAUUAAGAAGACCAAAGAAUAAACCAGGUAAACCAAAAGAUUUUGUAUUUGUUGAUUUAUCACCAAUAAAGAGUGAAGAAGAAGAAGCUAAGAAUGUUGCUAAGGUUAAAGAGGCUAUUAAAUCGGAAGUUAAAACUGAAGCUGGUACCUCAAACUUCCAAUUAUCUAGUCCAACAUUAUCGAUUGAUGAACAAUCAUCAAUUUUUGAUUCUUUAAAUUCAAUAGAUACCUCAAGUACAACUACUUCAUUUGAAGAUUCAAGUUCAACUCCAUUAGAAGAUGUCGGUUUAGGUAUUAAGAAUCUUGGUAUUAAUUUUGAUCAACCACAACCAAUAAAUAAUCAUAAUCAACAAGUCAAUCCACCACAAGAUUUUUAUUCACAAUUAUACGGAUAUCAACAAGCUAUGUAUCAACAACAUAUUCAAAUUCAACAAUUACAACAACAAUUGAUAGAACAACAAAGAAAAAAUGAAAAUGCACAAUCACAAUUACCAACUCCACAAUUACAAUCACCAUUUCAAGAACCAAUCACUUCAUAUCAAACUGCUGGUCAGUUUAGACAACAUCAAAUGCCAUAUCAUCAAAGAUCAGUUUCUGAAUCAUGUAUUAAAAAACCAACAAAACAAAAUAAUAGAAUAAAUCAUCAAAGAUCAAUGUCAAUUCCAACAAUUCCCCAACAACAAGCAAUUCCAUUGGGUAUUUCAGAGUCUGUUUCUACAGAUUGUUCAGAUGUUUCUUUGGAUGAUUUUAUGAUUUUAAAUGAUCAAAUACAACCAACAACUACAUUUACACCAAUUUUAGAAUAUUCAGCUACUGAUGAUAAGCAAUUUUUCAAUUAUGGAAUUGAUGAAUUCUUACAACAGCAAAUAAAUAUACCCCAAGUCAAGAAUGAUGAGUUUGAAUUCAAUUCAUACAUUCAAAUAUAA